AUGAAGGGAAUAGAAGAACCUGAAGAAAGCAAGAUAUGGGAUUGUGGCAGCCCCUGUUAUGAUUCAUAUGAAUUGGUUUCUAUGAGCCAUUUGAUUGAAAGGCAUUUCAUGAUAUUGCCUUAUGAUCUUAGAGGAUCAAGCAAGGCUUCAUCGAACGAAAUCGAAGAAUCUACUAUCAAGUAUUAUUUGAGUGAACUCGUAGAGAGGAGAGCGAGGAAGAGGAAGAGGAAGAUGGAUGCGGAAAGUAAAAAGAAGAAGGAGCGUAAAACCGGGAUUCCAAGAAUUUGUAAUUGGAUAUGUUUGUGGGCAAAAUAG